GUCUAAAAUGUUCUAUGAGUGGAAUAGGAGUUGAAGAAAUCUUUGGCAGAGAAUUUGAUGAAUGAUCAGCAGUUCUAUUUAUAAUUGCAAAGCUGUUUUGGAUUUUCUUAAGGUUACUGGACCCAAUAAAUGGACCAAUGAGUUCGGUUCUGAAGGAUCAUUUGACGAUCAAUGGGUCAAUGAAUUCUCGAAGUUCCAAAAUGAGCAAGUUGCUGCCAAGCAGAGGUCAGAUGCUUCAUGGGGUGUGUAUGUUUUCUCUGAUAUGAAUCCCUACCUUGGUCAUGAGAAUCCCAUGAAAGAAGGUCAAGAACUGCUUUGGAAAGGGCUUUUGAGUGAAGCUGUGCUUGCUUUAGAGGCUGAAGUUAUAAAACACAUCCACAAUUCUGAAAGUUGGAGGUUGCUUGGAGUAGUCCGUGUAGAGAAUGAUGAUGAUCAACAGAUUGCUGGAUUAUUCAAUGAAGCUAUUCAAAUGUUACCUGAGGAUGCUGACGUCCACAUAGUGCUUGGUGUCCUAUCUAAUUUGUCAAGGGAAUAUGAUAAGGCUAUUGCAUCUUUCAAGAUAGCUUUGAAACUCAAACCUAAUAUGACUACCCCCUCUGGAACAAGCUUGGUGCAACACAAGCAAACAGUGUGCAUGGCACUAGAUUUGAAGCCUAAUUACAUUCGUGCUUGGGCAAACAUGGGUAUCAGUUAUGUAAAACAGGGUAUGUAUGAGGAAUCAAUCCAGUACUAUGUUCGGGCACUCACAAUGAAUCCCAAGUCUGACAAUGCCUGGAGAUAUCUAAGAAUUUCAUUAAGCUGUGCAUCUAGGAAUGACCUGUUGGGAGCUUGUGAUUCCAGGAAUCUUGACGUCCAUCAGUGGGAGUUUCCACUAUAAUUAUUGUAUUUUAAUUUUGGCGGCCCUUUUGUGUUAUGAACCAAACUAAUUCAUACCCAUCAUGGAAGAUGCAGUCCGGGCUAUCAUUCAUUUACAUCUGCAGUGAAAACCAAAGGGUAGGCACCAUUUGAUUUACAGUUGACUCUCUUGCAAGAGUUUCUAGUUAAACAUAGUUGUUGAAAAUUUGGAGAGGACAAUAUAUGGAUUAUGCUUUGUACACCAUAUGGUGAAUAUAUUGAAAUUAUAGCA